GUUCAGGCUCAGGACCAAGACGAACUUAUCGAGGUCUUCGUCGAUAUCUACGCCGAGCCUAGGUCCGUUCGAAGCGGCGACGGGGGGAGAGAUGGUGUCUCGGCGGCGCAUUCUAUCGCGAUCUCGCGAUGAUCUUACACAAGCAUUCGCCCCUCAAAUAGAGGAAGAGGAAGAUGUGUGGUACCAGAAGGACAAACUCUAUAAGGAGCACAUACAGGAAGUACUGGAUAAAUGGACACAGAUCGACGACGAGAUCUGGGCUAAGGUGAUAGUGUUUGAAAAGCACAGACGGGUUGCGAAAGCUUAUGCGCGUGCACCGGUACUCACUAUCAACGGUUCAGAUGAUGGAUUUGAUGGCAUGAGAAUUGGCCUCUGCGGAUUCGAUAACCCACACAGAGACCAGAAGACAGAAGAAUUGAAGAAACACAUAGGACAGGGCGUCAAAAUAAAAAUGGACGACGCCGGUAAUAUACUCAUCAGGCGCUAUUCAAAGAGUAGCGUGUUUGUGAAGAGUACGGCGGCUACCAGCAACGAGGAGACUGCGAUAGGCCAAGACAUUUUGAAACUACCAGGAUACUCGCUAGAACAAGAAAAAAUAUUUAAGUUAUUCGAUAUGAAAAAGUUUCAAUCCAACGUGAACCGGGAGCUGCGACGUUCAUACCCAGACCGUCGGAGGCUCGAGACGCAAUGUUUGAGCGCCAUCGCAUUUGUCAAAUCAGACAACGAACUCUUAGAAUGCCCCAUCUGGGUGCUGAUCAUCAAUGUCGUCGCCAUGGACAUGUUGAAAUCGAAAUUGCCACCGGUUCAAAGACCGAUGGAUAUUAAGAACAGACCUCGCAUCCCAAUUCCCGACGAAGACCCCUAUAGUAUCGCCAGCUCUAAUGCUAAUGGAUCUGGAUCAAGCGGUAGCUCUGGGGGCUACGGUCAUAACGGCCACAAUGGACAUAAUGGCCAUAACGGCCAUAACGGCCACAAUGGUCACAACGGCCACAACGGACAUGGGGUUGUUGCCGCGACGAGAGAGCAAUUGAUGAUGCAAAUGGGCGCCAGAAGAGGUGAAAAGCCACCUAAUCUACCACCUAGAGAAAAUGGUUAUGGACCAGCCGAUAUUCCUAAGCCGGAUUAUGAUGACAUUGAAGUGAAUGAACGCGUCCCUACACAGUUCCCGAGAGGAAAGUCAGAUAAAGGAAAGGACAACAAGAAAUAUGAUGAUCCCUACUAUUGUGGCCUGCGCGCUCGCGUGCCCAACUUCGUGAAGGCGACCGGCAAGCACGUGCUUCCUGCGAUGACAGAGCGCCUGACGCUGAAGGAGGUGCCGGUGCCGAGCAAGCGCUACAGCGUGGCGCACGCGCAUCCCGGCCCCUUCCCUGCGCACGUGCCACCCUUCGCCCACCCCCUGCCCCAAUCAGCUCUCUGGCACGCACGCUCCUACGAGAGUGGAAUCGGUGCGUACGACCGUCCCCCGAGAAAAGAGAAGCUCAUGUUCCAAUUCUAUCCCGACAGGGAGCGCAGGCUGCGCCCCAUGAUGAUCCAGCAGCCACGCUAACUAACGCACUUUAUCCGACUCUUCGCUCCAGUCUUGACGGAGAACAAUACGACCCAUAUGCACUUUACGGCCGCUUGCCGAUUCCCGGACGCGGAUUCCCUCCACCACCGGCUGCCAACGCUCGUCACAUGUUCAUCGGAGAAUGGGACUAAAGAAAUAUUCGCACACGAACACCACAAGGACCACAUUAGCUUAUAUUGAUAAUAUCACUUCGACCAAAACUCUUUGACAUUACGAAACUUCUAUCCAUGAUUAGUUAGUCUUCUUAUGAUGCAAUAUUAAAUUCCAUAUUUUAUAUACAUAAAGAGUUAGUACGAAAAUCGUAGCUGUAUCUUUCUCACGUAAUAUACGAUUUAAUUUUAGAAGAGAACAGCCGAUCGAAGUUUCGCAAGAGUUAAACAGUCUCUUGAGAAUUGUUAUAUUGAAGUGAUGGUAUCGAAAAUUAUAUUGUAAAUACUUAUUGUAAAUUAUGAUUAUAAUUUACUUUUAUGUUCGACAAAGUAUAUUCGAAACGACAUUUUAGUAUAGAGUCUGUAAUAUAGAUUACUAGUAAUGAAUUAUUUACCGUGUAGAACGUUCUAGAUUAGUGGUAGUAGUUAGUAAUGUUAACCUAAGUGCUUCAUCUUCAAUAAUCACUGCCAAUAUAAAAUAAAGACGUUCUGAAACGUUAGGAUUUUAAAACAUUACGUUCUUAUCUUCUGAGAUUUUUGGAAGUUACAAAAUCAUAAUUUUUACUUAUAUAAUAUAUUAAAUAUAAUAAGUUUCGUUUUUAAGUUAAAGUGUCAAUCCUAGUCAGCACAGGGUUGGAAAUCUGGACGUUGAACACUGGCUUUCUAGACUGCAUUUGAUAUUUAUGAAAUUUAUUAUUUUUCUCAAUAUUGUCACUUGAAAUAUUACGAGAAAAAUAAUAAUAAUUUCUCGUUCGAAA